CCCGCGGGCGCCCCGCCUGAGGAGGACGCGGCGGCGGCGGCGGCGAGGCCGCGGGAGGCCGCGGAGGAUGGAGGAGCGGAAGGAGGAGGGCGAGGCCGAGAUCCAGGAGCACGGGCCGGAGCACUGGUUCUCCAAGUGGGAGCGGCAGUGCCUGGCCGAGGCCGAGCAGGACGAGCAGCUGCCCCCCGAGCUGCAGGAGGAGGCGGCGGCCGCCGCGCAGCCCGAGCACAAGCAGCAGAAGCUGUGGCACCUCUUCCAGAACUCGGCCACCGCCGUGGCCCAGCUCUACAAAGACCGAGUGUGUCAGCAGCCAGGACUUUCUCUCUGGGUCCCCUUCCAAAACGCGGCCACCGCCGUCACCAACCUCUACAAAGAAAGCGUGGAUACUCAUCAGCGAAGUUUUGAUAUUGGAAUUCAGAUUGGCUAUCAGCGACGCAAUAAGGAUGUGUUGGCUUGGGUUAAAAAGCGCAGAAGAACUAUUCGUAGAGAAGAUUUGAUCAGCUUCCUGUGUGGAAAAGUUCCUCCACCACGAAACUCUAGAGCUCCCCCAAGACUGACUGUAGUGUCCCCUAACCGAGCUACUUCAACGGAAACUAGCUCAUCUGUAGAGACUGAUUUGCAACCCUUCCGGGAAGCCAUAGCUCUGCAUGGUCUUAGUGGUGCAAUGGCUAGUAUAAGCGUGCGUUCGAGUACCCCAGGCUCUCCUACACAUGUAAGCAGUGGAUCGAAUGCUAGUCGAAGGAGAAAUGGACUCCAUGAUGUCGAUUUGAACACUUUCAUAUCAGAAGAAAUGGCACUCCACUUGGACAAUGGUGGAACUAGAAAGCGUACCUCAGCCCAGUGUGGCGAUGUCAUUACAGACUCACCAACCCAUAAACGCAACAGAAUGAUCUAAACUGCAGACAUUUUCACACCCACCAUGCUGCUUGAAAGCCACUUGAUCCUCAACAUAUACUAUUAUUGCAAAGGAAACAUGAGGCCAUCUUCCCUUGUUCACUGUUUAAGACAAGUGAAUUCUAUAGUGGUUGCCAUAAAAGGAAGUUCUAGGUAUUUACAGUAGAUGCCUCUUGUAACUAUGGCUUUCUUAAAACUAUAAUCCUAGCAGAGGACAUCAGAUAUCGUGUAGUCAUUAGCAAGAUCAUCAUAGGCAAACAUAUAUCCGUUCCAAGGCUAAAAGUGACCUUAACUGUAUUUAUUCUCAAAGGGAAAGGAAAUAUCAGAUGUUUAUUUGGUUUAUAGAAUGCUUUUUUUUUCUUUUUCUUUUUUCUUUUUUUUUUUUUUUUUUUGGUCCAUUUCCUGCUGUGUUGAGUAUUUUGCUUCAACAGUAUUGCCAGGUUCCUAAAAUUAUCUCAAACCCAUGAUUUGGCUUCCUCGUCAAAUCUGCAGGCUUCCAUUUUUUGCAGCAGCACUGUACCAUGCACCUGGUCUCUAUGUAGUCACAGUGUGCAACUUCUAACGAUUGGACUGUGCCCUGUUUUAGUUUUCCAAGCAGUUUCUAAUUCUGGUGAUUGUGUGAUGUAAAGAGGUGCUAUGAUGGUCAUGCAAUUAAUACUUAAUAUUGAAUCAAUACACAGAACUUUAUCGGAUUCACUUUGUGUGUGUUAGCGCUCUAAAAGUAGCAAUAUUAUUAAAUUGUCCCCAGAUUGACCCUGUAGGCUUAAAAUACUCCCGUUUUUAAGACAAGUACUACUUCCCAUGCAGGGUACUGUUCCUUAUGGUAAAUGUAAACAUGUAGACUGCAUUCAAGGGGGACCUGAAGUAGAGAGGUCAUGACCUUUGAGGAUGGGCUUCCUUUUUGGUUCAGUAUUAGCAAGAGGGCGAUGGAUGGUGGGGGAGGGUAGGGAUUCCAGUCUUGUGUCCUGUUCCACAUUUUUUUUAUGAAUGCCCUACUUUGUGCAGUUUCGGUUGGAAUGGUGGGAGAUAAAGGUCUUUUAUCUGCUAAUAAUGUGAUCACAACUUAAGUAGAAACAGCCCACUCUGCAGUCCCUCUCCCCUAACAAUUGCAGUUUGGAAUCUUAUUCUGGAAGAGAUGGAAUCGCAUGGAGGCUCUCUAGAUGUUAGGUAGACCUAAAUAAAGGUUCCAAGUAGAUCCUCUGUUGAGUCCCUAUAAGACCUCUUGUAGCCACAAUGUUUUAGAGCAUGUUUGAUUGUUUCCUCUUCAUUUUUAAUAUCUUGAACUGAAUGAUAGUCUUUUUUAGAAGAAGAACUGAUGUCAGCCUGCCAGGUACUGUAAUUUAUUCUAUCAUAUUAUUAUAUUAUAUCAAGUAGGACAGUGAAAAUGUUUCCUUGCAAACUUGUAGUCCAGUAUCAGUUAACUUCCUGUUUUUAUCCUGAAAAGACCAUUGCAAAUCAGUGUAAGGGUUUUUUCCAGUAAUUAACUUACAGCACUUUGUUGAAGUUUGCAAUUCCUUCAGCCAUUUAAUAAUAAUCUUUCUGUGAAGAAAUGUUGCUAAGUUAACCAUAAUAUUCAUUGACUGGGUGGGAGGUGAAUGGAAUGUCACAGAUGUGUGAGCUGAAGUUCUGUGCUCGUUAUAGAUCUAGCCCUUAGUUAAAAACAAGUCAAUUCCAUACUUAAACUAGGAAUGAAAGUGAGGUGUUUUCUAAAUUUUUGCGAAAGUGAAUCAGUUUUUGUUUGAAUAUAAUAGGAGGAAGAAUUACAGCAAUGUCAUUUUACCUGAAACAGACAAGCCUGUGUAUUAUGAAUACUUUCAAGCUUCCCUUUGGAAUAUGCCCAGAAAUGCAUUUGGAGUUAUCUUUGUUUUUUCUGUCAUUGUAAAUUUAGAUUCUGGAAUUGGCGUUUGGUGAUGUGAAGCGUUGCUCACGAGUGGCCAGAACUCCUCUUCCUAAAGGAUUUUGAGAUUGAGGAACACCUGUAUAACCUCCCCUCUAUGCCUUGGUUCUAGUUCCUCCCUCUGAGUUGAAUAACCAUUUUUUAAUUUUUUUUGUUUUUGUUUUAGUUGGUGCUCUGACGCUUAAUCUCAGUACCCUUUACUCUUGAUUGUCAAAUUUUGAUAAAACAUGUGCCAUUUUCUUUGGUAAGAGAAAGCAGGUCUCAUGUCUGCCAGAACACGAUUUAUAUGCCUUAUUGGCUCCAUUAAACUUUUAAAAAACUUUAGCACUCGUUACUUUCUUCCACUGCAUUUAACCUCAAAUGCUAUUUGUCAACCUCCUCAUAACUCCUCCACCUGCUCUGUCUCCUGGCUCUCUCCCGCGACCCCCUUCCCCCACCCUCCAAGCACAAAAUAACCCUAAGAUCUAGGAGUAGAAAGGGAAAUGAUUUCUCAUAGGAAUACUUAGUUCUGACUGCUAGAUUUUUGAAACCUUUGUGCCAUUUUAGAUGCAAACAAAUCAUGGAAGAUUGCAUAUUGUGUGGUACCUUUUUUUAAUAACAUUCUUUUUUUCUUCAGUCUCUUGAGAACAUUGUAGGCUGAAUUUUAAAACUUAACAGUUUACUUUGGGAGAAUGGAACCUCCCUUUAUCUUUUAAGCUAGAUUCUCAGAUUUUUUUUAGACAUCACAGCUCGUUAGAUCUGUUCCUGUCACCCUAACUUGGCAUGAGUGGGUUGAGUUCAUCCUUCUGCUGCAGUGUUCUGAGCAUGGCUGAAGCAUUAAAAACUUAAUUAUAAUGUUUAGUACCUUAUAGAGCAAAAUUAAUGGAAAGCAUUUGGCUGAAUCUAAAGACCCACAGUCAAAUUCUUCAAUGUGGUUUAUUUACCCAACCUGGAGUAGUGGUACACACCUUAAAUCAUUCAAUGAAUAAAUCAUUUAAAAAACUGAAAAA